GUGGAUUUGUUUGGAGAAGCGCCGGAAGCAGCAGGUUGGAGGAGGACAACAGAGAAGGGAGCACACACACACACACACAAGAGGGAGAGAUUAGGCUUUACUUGAGCUAAUCUGCUAUUUCUUUUCAUAUUUUCUUUCGGUCCGGUUGAACAAGAUGUCUUUGACCCAAGAAUCCGUGUUGUCUUUUUUACUGGAGCGCGGGGGCAAAGUGAAAAACUCGGAGCUGCUGAAUAAUUUCGGGAGCCUCAUCAACUGCGGUGAUCCCGCGGAAAAGCUGCACAAUAGAGACCUUUUCAAGAGGCUGGUGAACAGCGUCGCCGUGGUCAAACAGAUGGACGGGGCGAAGUUUGUGGUCGUGAAGAAACGGUACCAGGACUUUGUUAGAGAGGACGCGUCGGUGAAAACGCACGCGGAGGACAGUUUCUCGAGCCCGAACGCGAGCUUUUCUUACGCGUCUCCGCGUCGAGCGGAGUCCGCCAGGAUCAUUUACUCGGACAUCGAAAACAAUAACGUGUGCUGUCCCUCCGGAGUGAAUGGCAAUUAUUAUGAGGAUGCCAAACACGCGCACGCAGAGAGCGUGCAGAAAAGGAGGCUGUCAUCGAGAAGUGUUAACAGCGCGGACACGACCACUGUCAAAGUCCUGAACAUCUCCGGGGAUCAGGGGAGCAGAGCGGGGAAGUCUGGAGCUGUGUUCGCUGUCAUUGCGGUAAAAUCCCCUCCGAGGGAUUCUUCAGCAGCACAGGAGGGGUUGCACCACCAAGUUCAGCAGCACAAAACUUCACACCAACAUAGUGCAAGAGAAAACAAAGUUUCUGCAAAUCUGAAUUCUCUCAAGAAGGACGCACUGAGAGAAUCCAAAUGUUGGAAAAGCAGACAGACGGAGGAGACACUGCUCCCUGGCUUUCCAGACGCGAGGCCCCAAGACAAGACCACCACACCAGCAGGAGAAGCCAAGUACUCUGACUCUGUGCCGUUGGAGCCAUUAGCCCAUGAGUGGUUGGUGAAGUGUGCGUCUGGACUGUGGGGUCACAUAAAUGCUCUGCUGCUGCGUGACACACGGUUGGCCCAGAGGAAAGACUUCAUGUCCGGCUUCACAGCUCUGCACUGGGCUGCCAAGGACGGCAACGGCGAGAUGAUACACAAGCUCAUGGACGUCUCCAGGAGGAGAGGCACCCACGUGAACGUCAACAGCAAGGCGCACGGAGGAUACACGCCUUUGCACAUCGCAGCCAUACACGGCCACGCUGAAGUCAUUGUUUUGCUCGUGCAAACCUACGGCGCUAACGUGAACGAAAGGGACGACGACGGGAAGAAGGCCUGCCACUACCUGGGGAAAGGCGUGCCGGCCGAGGUCCGAGCGCUUCUGGGUGGAGGGCGGCAGGGCAAGAAGGCAGUGGAGGAGGAGGAGGAGUACAGGGAGCAUACGAAAGGAUUCAACACAAUUAGUAAACUGUUCCAUCCUCACAUGGGGAAGAAACAAAAGACAAAUAAGUUUGCUCACGACUGGUAAACAAGAAGCUAAGAGAAAAAUUUCUAUAUCACGUCAUUAUGUAGUCUGUAACUGAUAUUGUAACUGUCUUGUAUAGCCGUGUACAGUGUAUCACUGUCAGAUAUUCUAUUUAUGAAUGGUAUUUAUAAUUAUUUUUUCCCUCUUAGGUUGAAUUUCACCCAUUAACAAUUGAUCUGUUACUUUGCACCUAUUUAACUUUUUUUCUUUUUUCAACAAUCUGUUAGUUGUACAUAUACUUGGGAGCCACCUGGGAAAUAGUUACAUCCAACACAUUUUGAAGUAAUAUGAGUAUCUAAUAUGAGUUUGUGCACAACAGAUACAGUCAAAUUAAAAUAAGUUUACUUUUUUAAAGCAAACCUAAUGUAGAAAUAAAACAUUCAGUACGCUAUCAUAUAAGAAUAACUGUAGACUGCGUAAUUUAAAAGAAAAGCUGCCUCUCAAAUUCAGCACAUGCAAAAAGGACUUAUGUUGGACCAGUUAUGCAAAGCAGGCAGAUAACUAGUCAGGCUGGUGGAAUGUCUCUUUUAUCAGUUGCUUUGUAAACUUGAGGUUGUAAUGGAUGGGCCUCCUUUUGUGGGGCAACAUGGGCCCCAUUUCUGGACUGCUAUGUUAAAAAAGAAAAAAAAGAGAGGGAGAGAGUCAUUAUCAGUCACAGCAAUGCUUACAAAGUAUUUCAGCUGAAUACAAGUUUGACGCAAGGACAAGCAAAGAACACGAUAAAAUUGUAGGAUUUAAAAGUUAGUCAAUGAGAACUGAACAUAGUGUCCAUGAAGCGCGUACCGGUAAACAGAGUAGUCAUGUAACCAGCCUUAGCAAAAUACUCCCACAGCAGACGCGCAUGAAAAACAUCCUUUUCAACCUUUUUGGAGCAGUACAAAAACACUGUUUUCAUCCUUAACUGACCCAGAGGAAGAACAAUCCCCCUGAUGACAUAAAAGGAGUCGGAGCGGAGACAAUGAAGGCACAAGCAAAACGCUGCCAGAACAAUGUCCUUUGUCUUCCUUUGUGGAGAAGCUGCGUGCAUAAUACAACGUCGGGGCAGCUGGGUUACAUAUCAGCCUGUGUGAUGUGUUUGAUUGCACCUCAACUGUGUUUAUUUAAUAUUGCCAGGAAAGCAAAAUGAUUAUGAAAAGAAAUCUGCCCCAGAAAGGCUUCCUUUGUCCCCGUGACUCAAACAUCAAACGUAAGGUGUGGAACCAGGCUCUGUACAGUGCAGUUCCUGUCAGUGAAAAAAAAAUACUGAAGUACAACGCGUUCUCGCAUUCGGUCUGUAAAACAGAAUAAUAAACAAAUUUAAUUUUUGCAACAGUG